CACUGUCACAAUUGUCAAAUCAGUUGGUUUUGGUUGAUGUAGCAGUGUGCGUGCGUCUUGUUUCGAUAUGUUUACAAUAUGUUAGGGCGAAGAGCGAAAGCGAAGUACGAUGUCCUUCGAAGGGAUGUUGAAGGGGAGGAAGUUGAAAUUGAUUUUGACGUGCAGAAACUGAAACGGAAAGUUUUCACCCCUGCCUGCAUCUGGCAGUCCUUUAUGACAGUUAUCUUAAUCUCUAUUUAUUUUGCACCUUCGAUUGGUCUGACAUUUUACCAGAGAUGGCUCCUACAACAAUUCAAAUUCCCCCUUUCCACUGUCCUUGUGCACAUGAUUGUGAAAUUCAUCUUGGCCGCUCUAGUGAGAAGCAUAUGGGCUUUGAAAUUUGGAAGUCAAAGGUUAACAGUGGGAUGGAAAGACUACAUUAUUUCUGUGGCACCCACAGGUCUCUUCAGCAGCAUAGACAUUGGUUUUUCUAAUUGGGGAUUGGAGUUGAUCACUGUGUCCUUAUAUACUAUGACCAAAUCCACAUCUAUUAUUUUCAUAUUGGGUUUUGCUAUUCUACUUAAACUGGAGAAAAAGUCCUGGAGCUUGUUUAUCAUAGUAAUAAUGAUCUCAAUCGGAUUGCUCUUGUUUACUUACAAAGCAACACAAUUCGAUAUGGCAGGUUUUGUUCUAGUCCUCAUUGCAUCUAUGUGCAGUGGCUUACGUUGGACAUGUGUACAAUUGCUACUACAGAAGUCCAAGAUGGGAAUGAAAAGUCCUUUGGAUAUGGUCUUCCAUAUGCAGCCAUUUAUGAUUAUUUCCUUAAUACCAUUUGUUUUAACUAUAGAAGGUCUAAGUUUAAUACGUUUCUGCAUGGAAGUGUACGCCAAGGACUCAAGUGAAUUGAACUUGUUAAUAAUAAAGGUUUUGAUAGGAGCAUGCAUUGCAUUCUUCAUGGAGUUAAGCGAAGUCAUGGUCGUAACAUACACAUCAAGUCUGACAUUAUCAAUAGCUGGAAUAUUUAAGGAGAUGUUAAUAUUGUUCUUGGCUGUGGAAUGGAACGGUGAUCAGAUGUCCGUUCUUAAUCUGUGCGGUUUACUAAUAUGCCUAUUAGGAAUCACGAGCCACGUGGUCCACAAGAUGCGAACCACGCAAACAUCGCAAAAGUCUUUCGAAUUCGACGCCUCCGAUCGCAAUUUCGACGUUGGCAUGGGUAAAUCGCUUAUCAAUGAGGCAGAGGUUGAGCAGAUGAGCAUUUCGACGGACAGUGAUAAUGAAGAUAAGGAGGAAGUCUUAUUUAACAUUUUGAAUCGACACGAAAGAUAGCAGAGCUUGAAGUAACUUCAACGCGAAGAGGACCAAAUUUUACACACGGAAUACACUUUGUUAAAGCUUUUAAUGUUCACUAAGUCUAAUAUUUCAAAACAAAAACGUUCUAACAUUCCUUGUAUUUUAAAUACAUGCAUUUUCUAAUUUGAAAACAAAAUUAUUUAACUUUGUGAUAUUUUCUACAAAGGUUUGCUAUUGUUUGUUUUUUUUUAUGUUGCCAAAGGUGUAGCGAAAUGUGUAUAUUUGU